AUGGAAUCGAAAAUGGAUAGUAUUGAAGAUUUGCUCAAAAAAGCUGUUGAUCCAAAGACUUCAAUGCAUUUCGUCCCCCACAAUGGUGAUCUCUACCGUUGCAUUGUCCCACUGUUGGGUAAUGAUGAAAUCCUGUUGAAAGAUUAUGAAACUAUCCGUUUAUUACAACAUUUUUAUUUUAACUUUUUUAAAAUAGAAUCAAUUUCAAAUGUUUAUAAUAAAUAUUUAAGUAGAGGUGUUGAUCCUCAUUUCAUUCAACUUUUUAUAUCUAUUGUUAAUAAUAUAAAGAAGAAUCAAGAUGUGACAUUGAAAUCAAUUACAUUGGAAGCAAUCAGUUGGAACAAUGAUUUAAAUUUCAUUCUUGGUACUUAUCUGAAAGUCAGAGAAUCUGUUCAACUUCCAAAUGGAAAGAUAAUGAAUCGAGAGCCACUGUUUCUCAAGGCAAAUCAUCGCAAUCCAAUCAAAUGGAAUUCAUAUUUAUAUAUGUCGAUUGAGAAUGGCGGUGGACCAUUAGUUACACUUCCAAUGGUCAUUCAAUGA